GACAACAGUGCCCAGGCUACAAGCUGAUUCCACAGCUCGGCUCUCCAGGCCGACGCCCAAGCUGCAGGCGUCUCCCAGGAAACCGAACUCGGCCCGCCCCCUCGUCCCACUCUCCACUUCCGCUCCUGCGCACUGUGGCUCUAGCCAACCGGCGGCGUGGAGGACAUGGCUACUUCCCGCUUACCCCCAGCGACACUAACGCUAAAGCAGUUCAUGAGAAGGCAGCAAGUCCUCCUUCUCUACAGAAGGAUUUUGCAAGCCAUUCGGCAAGUUCCAAAGGAUUCUGAUCGCAAAUACCUGAAGGACUGGGCAAGGGAAGAAUUCAAAAGAAACAAAAGUGCCACUGACGAGGUUACAAUCCGGAUGAUGAUUACACAAGGCAACAUGCAGCUCAAGGAGUUAGAAAGAACACUUGCUUUAGCAAAAUCUUAACUAUAGCAUUAUCCUGAAAGAUUUUCAAGGUCUCCAUGUGUUUUUUGAGCUUAGGCUCAACGACAGGCAGCCCAAAGUCAAGUCAAACUGUAUGUACAACACUCUAGCAGAAUAUCAGAACGUGGAGUAUGGCACGUCACACAGGGCAAAGAAAAGCCGCACUGGAACAGUUUUCUUAGCACUGAAAAACAUACCCUGUAUUUUGAAAAUGUUUCUGGAUUUGUCAGCAGUUUUUAUAAGAAGCAAAAACCAGUAUAAGAAACGGUCAAUUAGCACAGUGGUCGGCAAACUGCGGCCCCUUGAGUGUGGCUCUUCCACAAAAUACCACGUGCG